UACUAUUUGAGUCCCUGUUGUCUCAUUGGCGGCUUUCGAAGCAGCUGCAAAAUAUGUUUUUAACUUUUAGUGGAAUUUGGGGUCAUCGGCGUGGAGCCUGGAAGUUACUCUCAGCAAGGGCUCUUUCAGCUCCGACAUUCUAUAGCUUUACGGGCUCUGCACCGCACUGGUCUGCCUGGUCGUCCCUCCUCUCAGCUCAGCUGCUCCUGUCGCUUCGCAACCACAGCUUUACGACAGGGGCUCGGACCGGACCCGGACGGGAGGUGUUCGCUGGCGCUCAGGGGGCUGCGGCAAAAGCGCCGCUAGCCCGCAGAACCAUGCUGCGAGGCAAGUCCCGGCUCAACGUGGAAUGGCUAGGCUAUUCGCCCGGGUUGCUUCUCGACCAAGGGGCGCCCCCACCGGGGCGCACGCCGCGGAACCCCGGCCGAAAUGAGAGUUCAUUGGCAUCUACCCUGAAGACUCUACUGUUCUUCACAGCUUUAAUGAUCACUGUACCUAUUGGGUUAUAUUUCACCACUAAAUCUUAUGUUUUUGAAGGUGCCUUUGGGAUGUCCAAUAGGGAUAGCUAUUUUUAUGCUGCUAUUGUUGCCGUGGUUGCUGUCCACGUGGUGCUGGCCCUCUUUGUCUAUGUGGCCUGGAAUGAAGGUUCACGACAGUGGCGUGAAGGCAAACAGGAUUAAAGUGAACAUCACCUUUUGAUAGUGUUAAAUUGUUUUAAAAAUGGCAAAUGCAUCCAGGAUACUAAUUAUUUCAAUAAUGGUGAAAGAACAUGUUCAAAUCCAUCUUAAGGAGUCACAUUUGACUAGUGUAAAUUUUGAUCUUUCUGAUACAGUGGUUUGCAUCAUCUAUUUUAACUAUAAGCCUCUCAUUUGCAAAUGAAAAUUUGGAAAAAUUAAAUUGGUGGCAAAUAAUUAUGUUUAAUUACACAUUAUUCUGGGAAGAAUUUGAUUAUUUUACAACAAAAAUGUUUUAUAGCAUUUUUUCUUGUAGUUGGUUUUGAAUGUUACUUUUCUGGAUAUAUUAAUAAGGUACACAGUGAAGCAAAUCUAAACUUUAUAUUUUGUUGAAGUACUUUCCCUAACUAUCAUGAAAGUACCAGGUCAUUGGAUUUUGCGUUGUAAAUUCCUAUGGAAAAUUGCUUAAAUUGUUAAUGCUGGAAUUACUCUGAAUGUCACUGAGAAAUUUCAAAGAAAGUGUAAUCCCUAGUCAAUAGGAACCUUUCGUUACAUUAUUUCAUGGGAAACUAGGCUGAAUUCCACCCAUUUUACACGAACUGGUUUAUUGAAGGCUCUCGAGAGCAAAGCAGAGCUAGCUGCCUCCUUGCAGGCCAGCCUGUGCUUUCAGACCAACUCUUUAAUAAGCUGUUUUGCUCUUGUUCAACAAUGAAGUUUUGCUUUAAUUACCAGGUUUGUGUAAAUUACCUUUAAAUUUGUUUUUCCUACUGUUUUUUAAUACUGUAUAUGAUAGGAAUUUACAUUUAAAUGUUUAUUUUUGCAUACUUAGGGAAUGUGAACAAUUCUGAAAAUAGAUUGUUUUUAUCACCCAGGAGGUAUUCUUGGGAUUUCUAGUCUAGUCUUUUCAAUCAGAGUCAAUAUAUCCCAGAUAUAUAUAUAUAUAUAUAAUUAGAUAAUUCUUGAGUCCCUUUCUGACAGAAAAAGACCUGUGUUUUUAUUUUAGUAUCUUUAGUUUGUGGUUCUUUCUAGCCACUUGGUACUACUUGUAUGCAAUCUGAAAACAAACCCAGAAAAUGCAUAUAAAAACAGGAAGAAAAUUUAAGUACCCUGUAAUUUUGCCACCUGGAGACAACCACUACUUUGGUUUACAUCUUGUAUGCAUUUUUUAAUGCUAGUUCGAUACUCACUAAAAGUUUAGAUUAAGUUCAAAUUCCGCCAACUUUUCCUGACAGCUAUUUGCAUUUUUUUAUGAGUGAUUAGUGGCCAUUUUCUAAAAAACAAAUAAAACAAAAAAAACUACAUUGUACCUUUAUUCUUUCAGGUAGGUGUCUCAAGUAGGUAUAUCAUUGUUCAAAUUUCCUGUUAUUGUUAAUUUCUAAUCAGUGGCUCUUGCUGUGUUUGCCAUUACCAAUUUGUUUGUUCACCCCUAUUUUUAAUGCAGAAUUGUAUUCUUGCUUAGAGUUAAAUAUUGUCUAUAGUUUAAAUGUCUUCUAUAAGCAGUUAUUCUAAAUGUAAAGUGCUUUCUUAAAAAAAAAAGACUAAAGUUUUAGUAUAAAAUUGAACAAUUUUAAUAUAAAAUUGUAGAAUGCCCCUGUUUGAGUCUGGGGUAUUAUGUGGUAGAUUUCUAGAUGGUCCCCACUUUUAGAUGCCAUGUUGCACUUAGACUUGUUGUCCGCUUAAUUUCUUUUUCUAUAAUGCCAAUGUUUUCUUGUACUUUUGGGAUAUUAUGCUGUUUGUAAAAUAUUAAUGUCCAAUGUUGCAUUAUUUUGUUUUAUUUCAGACAUUUGCUGAGUAGAUAAUUAUGUGGGUAUUUUUCUGCAAGUAUUUAAACCAGGGAUUCAAGCAGUUGUAAUUUCCUCUUGGAAAAAGUACCAAGUGUUUGAAAUUUAGACUUUCAUGCUAGUGUUAAUAUUUAGGAUUAUUAUAGUAUAGACUUGUUUUCAAACCAGUUUUAAUUUUUUCCUGGGGUUUCAACUGUUAUCUCGUUAGUGUGCUGCUGUUGAAAUAACAUGGUAUUUGACAUAUAGAUUUAUUUUUCACUGGUUUUCUGUUGCACAGUGUACAUACUUCAGGAUGUAUAAAAAGGAAAGCUACAAUUGAGCCCUUAUAAAUGUUUUAAGAUAGGAAUAUGUUCACUAUUGUUUGAAAACUAAUAAGAAUAACCUCAAUUAGGAAGUGUAACUUGAAUGUCAGUACAAGCUACUGAUUUAACCCCAUUUACUGUAACACAUUACCUUUCUCACCUCACCUCCAUUUUGCCUCCUCCCCCUCCCCCCUCCAGAAUAUAAUCUCGUUUCCUCAUUGUGCUAAAAACUGAAAAGUCUGCUGUAGAAUGCAUCUUAUGUCAAGAGGAUAUCAUUUUACAUGUAGCAGCAAAGUUCAGUUUUGAGUUGUUACUGAGGAAAUUUAAACCUUUCAUUAAAAAAACCCCACCUGUGUUUCCUGGGAAUUCAACUGAAAUGCAUUGUAAUAAUUGGACUGUUUUAACCAUAAAAAUCUCAUCAGCUUUGCCAAAAGAGACAACUGAUUGACUUGUUCGAUGUUUAUUUUCCGUUUUCACAUAAAUGUAUGUAUAUAUCUAGAGUACCCAAGGAGACCAAUAAAAAACAGCUAAAUUAGGAGUGCCCAAGGAACAAUGGAAGCUGAAGGUACAUGAAACACAGGAUUGAAAUCUUGUUUCAACCAUAUCUAGUGUGUAUUUCUUAUCUCCAGACCAGUUCAUGUUUAUUGCUUCAUGCUCCAGUGAAGUUGUAGAGUGUUGUUAGGCCCCUUUUAUAAAUGAUUCAGCUAUGGUGCCGACUUUGUCACUUUUCUUAGGUCAGCAGUGGAUUUCUCUGCCAUCAAGCACUCUGCAUCCUCCACCAGAGAAGUAUAACUUUAUUAAUUCAGACUCAACUCAUAUUUAAGAUAAAUUUUACAAGAGCUGGACUGAAAAAGCAUAUUAAUAACUUGACAAUAUUUUUCUUUCUUUUUUUCAAGUGGAAAGGGUCACCUGAGAAAAUAACUUAUUUUCAGGGACUUGGGGAACCUAAUGAUAAAUAUUACUUGUAACCUAUGAAUAGCUUAAACCCUUAUAUAUUUAUUAAAAUAGUCUGGAAUUCCUAAAGUUACCAUCAUUCCUGGCCACACUUUUCUUGCCAGUUUUGUUGCUUUGUGUACUUAAAAGUAAUAUCUGCCUUCCUUUUAAUAUGUUGUACAAGUCAUAUUUGUCAGUUACACAGACUAGUCUUCCUUUUUCUCAGGUUUAGUGAAAUCUCACUGAACAGUAAUAAUAGCAAUAGCUAACAACAUCUGCACAGCACCUUACAGUUUGCAAAGAACGUUCACAUAUUCUUGUUUGAGUUUUGCAUAGUGAACCUUUUACCUGGUGUCUCUAGACAUCAAUGCUUAAAAGUGUUAGAAUCUUUAAAUCAUUAGAGUCAUUGAAUAUGCUGUAGUCUUGAAUAGUGCCCUGACCAGGGGCAGGCUUUAGAUGUACUAACGUUGAAAGCUGUGUGCAAUUAUCAAAAUGGGGGGCUUGAGUUCUUUAGCCACUUGAAUCAGAUUUGCUUCUGUUAUAUAAUGCUUUUUUACACGGUAUCUGGAUGGAUUUUGUAUUCAUUAUGUUCUAGCCUGUAAUUUGUAUAAAUUUGCCAUCUGUUGUCAUUAAAAAGGUAUUUGUAAUGCCA